AUGGCGAAUUAUUCUUCUCUUUCUGUCUCAAACACAAACACCCAUAUAUUUUAUGUAUACACUCUGUUUUUCCCCCUGUUUUUACUACUCUGUUUUUCCUCCACCACCACCACCACCACCGGAGAAACUUCAUUUCACAUCCAAACACUUACCAACUUAAGGCUGUUGGGCGAUGCUCAAAUUUACAACAACACCUCUGUCCGACUCACCGGAGAUCUCACCGUUCCAAAUUCCGGCGCCGGCAGGGUUUUAUACAAUAAGCCCAUCACAUUCCGCCAACCCGGUAACCCAAAUCCCACCAGUUUCGCUACUCACUUUUCGUUUUCUAUUCUUGAUCUAAACCCGAACUCUAUUGGUGGUGGCUUUGCUUUUGUUAUCUCGCCGGACGAUAUAUCAAUCGGUUCCGCCGGUGGGUAUCUUGGGAUUCCGACGGGUUCCGUCUCCAUUGAGUUCGAUACUGCUAAGGAUGCAGAGUUCAAGGAUUUUAAUGGAAACCAUGUUGGUCUUGAUAUCAACUCAGUGGUUUCUUUACACGUGGCCGAUUUGGAUUCGGUUAACGUUAGUUUAAAAAGUGGGGAGUUAAUUCACUCGUGGGUUGACUAUUCCGGGUCAAAUCAUGAGCUCAAAGUAUUCCUUUCAUACUCCAAAACUAAACCCGUUUCACCUAUUUUAUCCGUCACCAUAGAUCUUUCUCAAUACGUGAACGAGUCUAUGUAUGUCGGGUUUUCGGGUCAACCCAGGGGAGUACAGAGGUCCACUCAGUUUUCUCCUGGAGUUUUACUUCAACCUUUGAUGACCCAAAUAGACAACUCGGCCCAAACUCACCACGACCAUCAUCACCAUUAG